AUGGUGGAUAACGCUGGUGGCGCCGAGGCCCAGGUGGAGCCAGACUCCCUCGUGUUACCACAUCAAGGACCAACGCUUCGCUUGCGGCCAUGGUGGUUUCCGGUGGAGGAACUAAAGGAACCGCUGGUGUUUUACCUGGACUCAUGGCUGGUGGACCUGAUCUUUGGCCCAGACAGAGCCAUAAUUCCAAAAAUUGAGUGGAUGAGCCAGAUUCUGCUGACUGUGGAUGUGGUGGACUCCAGUGACCUAGCCAAAAUCACCAUCUUCGGACGGCCCAGGGUACAGAAUCGGGUGAAGAAGGUGCUCCUGGCCGUGGCAUCGUGGCACCGGAAACGUCGUCACCGAAGUGAGAAGAUGGAACAGCUUGAGGAGUUCUUGAAGGCAGGUGCAUCCAGUCCCCAGGCCCCCCAGCAUCCUAUUGCUUAAGGGAGUAUCCUCAGGAGUAUGAUGAGCACAGUUCUGUUUCUGCUACCAAAGUUGGAGGGAAACAAGUAUCUAAUGUCUGCAUUCCAUUCUUCUGUGUCUGGAUGAAUAUGCUUUGAUUAUUUUGGUGCAAACAUGAGUUUGUAGAGCUCUUCUAAUAAAGAAAUGGAUUUCCUUGCUUUUUGGGUCCAAUGGCAAUAAAAUGUGUUAAUUUAGUUAGGCA